GACUCUCUGAAAGAUCAGCUUAAACACGAGUUGUCUGAACUGAGAGUGGAGGUCCAUCGAACCAGAACCUUAGUCGGUGAUUACAACAGGGACAGCGAUUUUGAGCUGCCAGCAUUGACUGCACCGGAAGUGAGUGUGAAGUCAGGCGAUCCCAAUGGCCUCAACUACCAUCACAGAGUUCUCCUCCACAAGAUUUCCCCAGGGAAGUGGGUCACUUUGACUCCAGAUUUGGACUUAGAGAUUCAUGACCUUAAUGUUCGACGGCAUGUCGUUUUGGGUCGGCAUAGUGGUUUCCCCGAUCAAUACGUUGAUGAAGCUUAUGUGUUUGAGGAGAUCAGUCGAAAUGAACUGGAACGACAAAAGCGAUUGGCCAAAACCAUGGGUUCAAUUUUGGACGAUGGUGAGAUCGCAGAUGUUGCUGCUUCGCAGUGGGUCGUGGCUGACCCCUCCUCCAGCCGUUUUGGAAAAUCCCUGCCGUUUGAGCUUGUCGGUGACAUUUCUGGCAUCGGCACUUACGGGGUUGUUCAAUGGGACGGAGAGGUUGAAUAUGUCCGUGAGAUGAACAUUGAUGAUAUCUCUGGUUUUGUUGAUGAGAGAAAAGAGAGUCUUGGUGACCUUCGCACAUUGGGUGACCAUCGUGAUGGAGCUGGAAAAAGGUAUUUGGGGUUCAAGGAUGCCUUGAACCUUCUUAGGGAGACCAAGUUUGAAGACUGGCCUUUUCUGGGACCGCGUGCAGUCCGUGAGUACCUGCAUGCUAUCAGGGAUGGACCAGGUGACCUUGCAACAUACCACCUGUCAUGGGUCCGAUCUUCUGGUGUAGUGGCUGGGAGUGCUAUCGUGCAUGAGCAUCAUUCACUUUGUGAGGCUUUGCGAUUGGCGUUGAGCAAGGAUCAGAUUGAUGUUUCCAACCUUGCUUCCUUUGAACAUUUGACCAGAAGAUUGCUGACUUUGGAGAUUGCAGUCGCCAGAUCCCCUGGUAGUCCAGAUUUUACUGGCCUUGAAGUGGUUGCCGAGGCCCCUGUUGCUGCCACUGGGCAAGCUUAUGUGUCGUCUAUGUCAUCCUGGAUCACUGAGAAGUUGAAGGAGAAGGCGAACAUUCAGAAACAGAGUCGUCUCUUCAAGGAAGAAUUCUUGAAGAAGACUGGGAAGGGUGUGGACGAUGAUGACAAGUCUAAGAAAUGGAAAAAGCAGAAGGGCAAGGGUGGCAAAUCAAGUGGCGGAGCCGACGGCUCCGCGACACUGAACAAGCUUGGUUUGCAAAGUCCGAAUUCGUAUUCUCAGUCAGUUUUGAGCUCACGACUCCCUCUGAACUCCACUCAGCAAUGUGUUUGCGACAGGGUGGAACAGUCCUUAGCUAUGCAUGGUGGGCCGCCAGAUGGGCUCACCUGUGAGAAAGCUCUUGAGACUUUGAAAGGGGUCAAGACCGGCUAUGAUGGGGUCCCCAGCAAUUUAGCGCCUUUUGAUUCAUCUAAACUGAAGAUUUUGGCGACUUCAGUGGCACCCCAGCACAUCAAGCAAUUUUUGCCGCCUGAAGCACGUAAACUUGUGACCAGCCCGCAAGAUUUUGUGUUGAAGCCUCCCUCUGCAGAGCAGCCUGGCUUCAGGCCAUACUGGGAUCCGGUGCUGAGGUAUAAUCCUAAGAAACGAUUAGGUUUCAUCCUUGAUCUUUUUAAAGCUGGUUUACUUGUUCUGCGUCCUGCAGUGGCCUCACAUGUAGGUGUUUUCUUUGUAAAGAAAAAGUCACCAGAUGCUAUCAGAAUGGUCAUUGACUGUCGUGGAACCAAUGAGCUUUGCCAAGACCCUCCCACGACUAGACUAGGAUCUGCUAGGUGUUAUUCUGAUUUGAGAUUGGAGCGAGAUGAUGAUCAGUCGGAAUCGCUGGCUUGGGGUCGUGAAGCUGAUGUCAAUGACUGUUUUUAUCGAUUCUCAAUCCCUGAACUUGCACACUACUUUGGCAUUAAUCAUCCACUUUCCGCACGUGAGUGGCGUCAGCAUGGACUUGAGUUUGACACCAUCUAUGAUCCACACCUUCGACAUGACAUUGUAGUUGACGAUGACACACCACUUUAUCCCUGCUUCCGUGCAGUCCCUAUGGGUUGGAACUGGGCUCUUUUCCUAUGUCACGAAGCUGUCCUGGAGAUUGCCCAGCGAGGUGCGCCCUGGGAAGAUGGUGUGCUACGGGAGAAACGUGUCACACCACAACUCACGGAGUUUCGGACAAUUCUAGGUGUGUAUGUUGACAAUAUCACGAUUCUAGGGAAAUGCAAAACAGAUGUGGAACACAGAUGUCGGCUGCUGGAGAAAGCUUUUGCCGACGCCCAGAUUCCCAUCACCUGGAGUCAACAAUCGGCCGUCGAGAGGCUUGAGAGCGUUGGAUGUGUGUUGGACUUGAAGAAUGGAGUCAUUCACAACAAACCGCAUCGUGUGUGGAAAUUUGCACUAGCUACGGGGGCUCUGCUCAAACGAAGGAAACUGUCAUCAGAGGUCUUGCAGGUUUGGACAGGCCAUUUCACUUCACUUUGCUCCAUUGCGCCCUGGGGACUUGCUGCAUUGCAACAGGUGUACAGGUUCAUCCAGAAGUCCAACGGAAAGCGGCUUGAAGUGUGGCCCUCAGUUAGGGCGGAGCUCAAGAUGGCUUCCUCUCUGGCUUGGCUUACCUGGCGUAACUUAUCGGCUCCUAUUAUGAAAACAGUAGAGACUGGGGAUGCAUCAACCUCUGGCUAUGCACUGAUGGCUUGCUAUCCUGAUGAACAACUAACUUGGCAGUCAAUGCGUGUGCAUGAGAAGUGGAGGUUUAUUUCCAUGCCUGCUGGCUUGAAGGAUGCCGCCAUAAAACCAGACCUUGAACAGUUUUCCCUUUUGUUGAGUGACCUUCUAAAACCAGUGCAUCAUGAUGACCAAGAUGAGACCUCAGAAACGAUUGGAUACGUGCGACACUCCAAGGCAGCGGCAGUAUCCACUGAGUACGGGCAGCAAGUGUUGAACUCUCUGCGGGAAGGAUCCAUGUUGAAAACUAGUGCCGCACGAGCACAGGUUCAUGCAAAGCCUUCAAGACGUUUUGAUUUGGAAAUUCCCGCAUUGGUUCAACCUCUGGAUGACUAUUUUGCUGACAGUAGCAAGUAUAGGUUGCUCUGGGCUCGCCGUUGGAAGUAUGUAGAUGAGAACAUUCAGAUGAAGGAAGGAGAUCGUGAGAAGUUCAUUGACUUCAUCGCACUUGGCAGGACCAUGUUGAUGCAGCUGCUGCAGUGUUACUACAAUAUGACCUAUACGU